GAUUGAAUUACAAUGUUUAUGUUAACAACGAAAGACGUUAUCAAUAGUGAAAAAAUGGCUUCAAAUAUGGAGAGUUCAAUUCAUAGAGGAUCAGAUUUGUUUUAUGACUUUUCUUGUUUCACAUGUCAGGAAAAUGAAAGAAACACAGAGGCUGAAUUUUACUGUGAGGAAUGUGCCAAGUUUUUUUGUGGGAAAUGUGUGAAGCUCCAUAACACACUUUUCAAGAAGCAUGCAACUUUGGGCAAGGGAAACAUAAGACAGUGGCCGGAGACCAAUGUGGAUUCACAUGAGCAAUGUCAAAAGCACACGAAAGAAAAACUGACAGGAUUCUGUGAGGACCACAGUGAGCUGAUAUGUCAUGGCUGCCAUAUCAACAAUCAUCAGAAAUGCAGUCAUGUGGUACAUAUAGCUGACAAAGUGAAAAACCUACAUCAACAAGGAGACUUCAAGCAGUUGUCAGCCACUGUUAAAACACAACAACAGCAAUUGAUACAUAUGAAAGAUUACUUUGAGGAAAAUAUGAAGUCUCUUGAGAAAUCUUACCAAAAAAUUCUGGAAGAAAUCAAUGCCAUACGCAAGACAAUUAAUGAUUCUUUGGAUCUACUGGAGAAGAAUACCAAGAAGGAGUUGGAUACAUUACUGGCCACCAUGAGGACAUCUAUUCAAACUGACAUUGAAAUCUGCUCAAAGUCCAUCACAAAUAUAAUAUGCUUAAAACAAGAUUUGCAAACAAGAAAAGACAAAAGUGAAGCACUGAGUUUUAUUAAGUAUAUAAAAUGUCAUAACCAGUCCAAUAAGGUAGAAGCAGUUUUACCAGAAAUGACAUAUAAGAAUGAGAGGACACUUACCUUUAAUCCUGCUACAACCAUUCAACAAACCCUGUCCACCCUCUCAGGAUUGGGACAAAUACUAAGCACAGUGAAACAAUCAAAAACUGCUAAAAGGACAACACAGAACACAGAGACCAGACAGAAUAAAUUUUCAGCAUCCAGCCAGUCUGACCCUGGAGACCAAUCAACUCCGGGAUUCAAGGUAAAAAAGUCAAAUCCAGAAUCCAGUUCAUCUAGACAGUAUAGCACUGGAAAGCAAACAAGUGAUGUGACCAAGUCAGGCCAUGUGUCAGAUCCGGUAGCAAGUUUAUCACACCUGCUGAUCCAGGGAUGUCAACCAGGUGCAGUAAUCAAACCUGAUCCAAUCAUAAAAGUGAACAGAAGUAAGAAGUAUAAUGUGAACAUUGUGAGGGAUUCAUCCAACUGCUUUAUAUCUGGUAUAUGUGAGACAGCCACUGGAGAACUCCUCAUCUCAGACUACGAUAACAACCGUGCAAAGCUGCUGGAUCAGACCUUCAAGGUGGUGGCCCACUGUGACUUGCCUGGUUCACCACGGUCCAUGUGCAGCAUUGACUCCAGUCUGGUGGCUGUUACUCUGAAUAACUGUGAGGUCCAUUUCAUGAGAGUGACCAAUGGUCAGCUGGUAAAGGACAGGAAACUGAAGCUCCAACAUGAGUGCCUAGGUAUUGCCCAUCACAAAGGUAACUUGUACAUUACAGAUAAUAGUGCUCUGUAUCGCUAUACUGUGGAUGGAAGACUGGUGAGCAAGAUGUAUGAAAAUACACCAGGUUUUUGGACAGUUAUGGCCUGUGCAGUGAGUCCAGAUGGAGAUAGGAUAUAUAUGGCCAACACGAUCAGUAAUCAGCUGGUGACACUGUCCAGGGAUGGCACAGUAAUCUCCACAUUCACUGACCCUGCACUGGGCUGGAGAUACAUGUAUGAUGUCCCACCUGGCCUCCAUGUGACAGACGCAGGACAAGUUCUGGUGUGUGGAGUACGGUCCCACACAAUCAUCCAGGUAGACAGGGAUGGGAGACAGAGACUGGCAGAGGUGGUCACAGAGAAGGAUGGUGUUACUUACCCUAUAUCUGUCUACUACAGUAAACACACAGGCUCACUCAUUGUGGGAAUGGAUUGUGAUGUUGAAAUUAGUGUUUAAGGCACCGUGACUGUUGGAGUAGAAUGAUGCUCAUUUAUAAUAAUAUAUACAUUCAUAUAUAGAUUUGUCAUUUCAUACAGUGUUACAGUUUUAUACACAGAGCAUAUAAGACAAAAAGCCUGUUGUAAUAGGACACAUUAAUUAUCUUCCUGUAGGAAAAAAAUAGACAUUUCCCAUAAAACCAGUCUUUGCCAUAUCAAUAUUAUUAUGAAAUUCGAAUUUAACUAUAUAUACUGAUAAUGCACAUAGAAAAUGACUACUUACUUUAAUUUUAACUAGGUAUAUGGAAGGAUUUUGUGUAAGAUAAUUAGUUUACUCAUGCAUGAUAUAUAUUAUAUCAUGAUUGUGUUCAUAAUAUGCAUGUUAAGUACUGUUAUACUUUUUCAUUAAUAUUGUCUGUGUGUCAUCUAUUGUUCAAACAUAUUUAUGUGAGAAUCAAAUCUAACAAUAAUCAUCAUUUCCAAAAUGACACAUUAAAACAAAACAAUAUUGUCACAAGGACACGUAUUGAAUUUUUUAAAUGUAAAAGCUUUUUUUAAAUAAUUAUUUCAACUGUUUUCAAUAAAAUAAUUGAAUGAAACUAUAUCAAAAUUUAAGAAAUUAUUUAAUGCCUAGAAAUUAAGAUUAUAAAUGAGUGAGUGUCAGUUGUUUUAUUGAUCAUCUUAUGUUAUGCAGGGGCAUAUUUAGGUGGGGGGGCUAGGGGGGCUGAAGUUGUUUGAUCAGGUUUUUACUCACAGUUUGUAUACUAUAAACACAUAUAUAACGGGGUUUAUUACAUUAAACACGCAUGUACCUAACAAAAUAUAAAUUUAUAAAACUAUAACAUUAAAUAGUCUUUUUGUUUUUGUAAAUAACUGAUAACUUUAAAAUAUCAUAACAUUAGUUGAAUAGUUGUAAGAACAUACCUGUGCAUAGAUUUUCUUAGGCCUAUGAUCAUGACACUUAAUAGGUACAUAGGAUCAUGACUGGCAGAUGACCCCUAUUGAUUUUCAGGUCACUAGGUCAAAGGUCAAGGUCACAGUGACUCGAAAUAGUAAAAUGGUUUCCGGAUGAAAACUCAAGAAUGCUUAGGCCUAGGAUCAUGGAACUUCAUAGGUACAUUGAUCAUGACUGGCAGAUGACCCCUAUUGAUUUUCAGGUCACUAGGUCAAAGGUCAAGGUCACAGUGACUCAAAACAGUAAAAUGGUUUCCGGAUGAUAACAGAAUGCUUAGGCCUAAAAUCAUGAAACUUCAUAGGUACAUUGAUAAUGACUGGCAGAUGACCCCUAUUGAUUUUAAGGUCACUAGGUCAAAGGUCAAGGUCACAGUGACUCGAAAUAGUAAAAUGGUUUCCGGAUGAUAACUCAAGAAUGCUUACGCCUACGAUCAUGAAACUUCAUAGGUACAUUGAUCAUGACUGGCAGAUGACCCUUAUUAAUUUUCAGGUCACUAGGUUAAAGGUCAAGGUCACAGUGACAAAAAACGUAUUCACACAAUGGCUGCCACUACAACUGACAGCCCAUAUUGGGGCAUGCAUGUUUUACAAACAGCCCUUCUUUAUAUUUAAAAUAUAAUUUCAUAAUUAUGUAAGUUAAAUAGAACCACAUAUGAUUUUUUUUAAUUGAUUGAUAUUUCUUUAGGAAGAUCAGUCUUACUCAAAUUAGAUUUGAAAUUGUAUAAACUAUUAAAGAUUUAUAGUACAUGAGGCAUCUUUAGUUUUUUUUAUGCCCCCCUUCGAAGAAGAGAAGGUAUAUUGCUUUGCUCAUGUCGGUCGGUCUGUCGGUCUGUCAGUCCGUCCACCAGGUGGUUUCAGAAUGAUAACUCAAGAACGCUUGGGCCUAGGAUCAUGAAACUUCAUAGGUAGAUUGAUCAUGACUCGCAGAUGACCCCUAUUGAUGUUAAGGGCACUAGGUCAAAGGUCAAGGUCACGGUGACCCGGAAUAGUAAAAUGGUUUCCUGAUGAUAACUCAAGAAAGCAUACGCCUAGGAUCAUGAAACUUCAUAGGUAGAUUGAUCAUGACUCGCAGAUGACCCCUAUUCAUUUUGAGGUCAAAGGUCAAGGUCACGGUGACCCAAAAUAGUAAAAUGGUUUCCGGAUGAUAACUCAAGAACGCAUACGCCUAGGAUCAUGAAACUUCAUCAUUAGAUAGAUCAUGACUUGCAGAUGACGCCUAUUGAUUUUGAGGUCACUAGGUCAAGGUCACGGUGACCCGAAAUAGUAAAAUGGUUUCCGGAUGAUAACUCAAGAACGCAUACGCCUAGGAUCAUGAAACGUCAUAAGUAGAUUGAUCAUGACUCGCAAAUGAACCCUAUUGAUUUUGAAGUCACUAGGUCAAAGGUCAAGGUCACGGUGACCUGAAAUAGUAAAAUGGUUUCCGGAUGAUAACUCAAUAACGCAUACGCCUAGGAUCACGAAACUCCAUCGUUAGAUAGAUCAUGACUCGCAGAUGACCCCUAUUGAUUUUGAGGUCUUUAGUUCAAAGGUCACGGUGACCCAAAAUAGUAAAAUGGUUUUUGGAUGAUAACUGAAGAACGCAUACGCCUAGGAUCAUGAAAUUUCAUAGGUAGAUUGAUCAUGACUCGCAGAUGACCCCUAUAGAUUUUGAGGUCACAAGGUCAAAGGUCAAGGUCACGGUGAGCCUAAAUAGUAAAAUCAUUUUCGUAUGAUAACUCAAAACGCAUAUUCCUUGGAUCAUGAAACUUCAUAGGUAGAUUGAUCAUGACUGGCAGAUGACCCCUAUUGAUUUUGAGGUCAUUAGGUCAAAGGUCAAGGUCACGGUGACCCGAAAUAGUAAAAUGGAUUUCGGAUGAUAACUCAAGAACACAUACGCCUAUGAUCAUGAAACUUCAUGGGUAUAUUGAUCAUGACUCGCAGAUGACUCCUAUUCAUUUUCAGGUCACUAGGUCAAAGGUCAAGGUCACGGUGAUCCGGAAUAGUAAAAUGGUUUAUGGAUGAUAACUCAAGAACGCAUACGCCUAGGAUCAUGAAACUUCAUCAUUAGAUAGAUCAUGACUUGCAGAUGACUCCUAUUGAUUUUGAGGUCACUAGGUCAAAGGUCAAGGUCACGGUGACCCGAAAUAGUAAAAUGGUUUCCGGAUGAUAACUCAAGAACGCAUAUGCCUAGGAUCAUGAACCUUCAUAAGUAGAAUGAUCAUGACUCGCAGAUGACCCCUAUUGAUUUUGAGGUCACUAGGUCAAAGGUCAAGGUCACGGUGACCCGAAAUAGUAAAAUGGUUUCCGGAUGAUAACUCAAGAACGCAUAUGCCUAGGAUCAUGAACCUUCAUAAGUAGAUUGAUCAUGACUCGCAGAUGACCCCUAUUGAUUUUGAUGUCACUAGGUCAAAGGUGAAGGUCAUGGUGACCCGAAAUAGUAAAAUGGUUUCCGGAUGAUAACUCCAGAACAAAUACGCCUCGGAUCACGAAACUCCAUCGUUAGAUAGAUCAUGACUCGAAGAUGACCCCUAUUGAUUUUGAGGUCACUAGGUCGAAGGUCAAGGUCACGGUGACCCAAAAAAGUAAAAUGGUUUUUGGAUGAUAACUCAAGAACGCAUACGCCAAGGAUCAUGAAACUUCAUGGUAGAUUGAUCAUGACUCGCAGAUGACCCCUAUAGAUAUUGAAGUCACUAGGUCAAAAGUCAAGGUCACGGUGACCCUAAAUAGUAAAAUGAUUUUCGUAUGAUAACUCAAGAACGCACAUUCCUAGGAUCAUGAAACUUCAUAGGUAGAUUGAUCAUGACUGGCAGAUGACCCCUAUUGAUUUUGAAGUCUUUAGGUCAAAUGUCAAGGUCACGGUGACCUGAAAUAGUAAAAUGGUUUUCGGAUGAUAACUCAAGAACGCAUACGCCUAGGAUCAUGAAACUUCAUGGGUAGAUUGAUCAUGACUCGCAGAUGAGCCCUAUUGAUUUUGAGGUCACUAGGUCAAAGGUCAAGGUCACGGUGACCCGAAAAGUUUAAUGGUUUCCGGAUGAUAACUCGAGAACGCUUACGCCUAGGAUCCUGAAACUUCAUAGGUACAUUGAUCAUAACUCGCAGAUGACCCAUAUUGAUUUUCAGGUCACUAGGUCAAAGGUCAAGGUCACGGUGACCCAAAAACAGUAAAAUUGUUUCCGGAUGAUUACUCAAGAACGCUUUUUCCUAGGAUCAUGACACUUCAUAGGUACAUUGAUCAUGACUCGCAGAUGACCCCUAUUGAUUUCAGAUCACUAGGUCAAAGGUCAAGGUCACAGUGACAAAAAACAUAUUCACACAAUGGCUGCCACUACAACGGACAGCCAAUAUGGGGGGGCAUGCAUGUUUUACAAACAGCCCUUGCUUAAAGUUUAAACAAUGAUGAAUGAAUGCAUUUUAAGUUUUAAAUAUGCACAAAUAUAUGUGUGAGUUGUUUAAUCAUUUAAAAGUUUAUUUGACAAUAGUCAAUAAUAUAUCAUUACAAUACGUUGUUGUAAUAACUUAAAAAUAUGGGUAUUCUUAAUCUAAUGAGAGAUCUUAUACUUUUUCCCAGAUUUGAUGAGAGAUAUAUAUGUAAAUCACUAAAAGCAACUGUUUGAUAUGUUGAUGUCUUUGAAAUGUUUUUUUAGUUUAUUCAUAUACAUGUGUAACUUGAAAUAAAGAGUGUUGCUUAAAA